GAUGCUGGAGCCGUAUCAACCGAAGUUCCAACAGCAACAUCGACAGAGUUGCGUACUCACUGAAAAUGCAGUGUCUGUACCAUCACAUCACCGAGCCUCAAUGUCGCGCGCCUGCAUGUCGUACGACUACGGCCCUUCCUUCACUUCCUACCAGCCCUACGCCUACCUCUCGCAUAGGCCCAGACAGAACUCAGUAUUCGUGGGCAGCGUGGGUGGCGGCAUGGCAUUAAUUCCAGAAAGUCCACCACGGAGGUCGCGCUCCGCAGCAGACCUGCCCGCGCUGGUGACUCCCGCAGACCUCUCUCACACAACACCGAGGUCCUCGCGCGCGGCCAGCCUACACAGCGCCGUGGACCUCAGGGUCUGCGUGCCUUCACCCCGGACCUCCCGAGCGGCUAGUCUACAUUCGGGUGACGUGCACAGCUCAGUGCAGGUCCAUGUUCGAGGUUCGGGGAAUAAUUUAAAUAGACCUAAAAGCCCAAGAAGACUAACUAUCACAAAUGUAUAG